ACUAUUUUAACUGACGUACCAAAACAAUGAACCGUUCACUCACAUGUGAGUUUUGACGCAAAACAUUUCCGCUUCUCCAAUUAACUUUUUAUUUUUUAUUUUAUUAUUAUUAUUAUUAUUAUUUUAUAUCCUUUAAUUAAUUAUAUAAAGCGUUUUUAAAAUAUUGCGACAAUAACUUUCUGGAAGUAUUUAUGAAACAUGUUUAUUAAAAUUAAUUUGCGACGACGAGCACUCUUGAUGCAAGUUAGAUAAUACUCUCUCACUAAUGUUUAGAAAUAAUAAAUUAAAGGAAUUUCAAGUAAGUAAACACCUCGUUUGUGCGCUAUAAUCCCUAUGCUGAGACUGUUGUCGUUAAACGUUGGAGGUCUUACAGUGCACAGGACACCAAGUCAUAAAUUCAGUACAGCAUCUGUCAUGGCAAAAAGUAAGUUUGAGUACGUGAGAAACUUUGAGCUUGACGACACGUGUUUGAGAAACUGCUACAUUGUGGUUCGACUGGAUGGACGCAACUUCCAUAAGUUUUCAGAUCAGCAUCAGUUCAUUAAACCCAAUGACAACAGAGCUCUGGGUCUGAUGAGCCGCAGUGCCCGUUCAGUCAUGGAGGAACUAGAUGACAUCACUAUCGCAUAUGGACAGAGUGAUGAGUUCAGCUUUGUGUUCAAGAGGUCAACCAACUGGUUCAAAAGAAGGACCAGUAAACUGAUGACCCAUGUGACAUCUCAGUUUUCCUCUAGCUUUGUUUUUUACUGGAAGGAGUAUUUUGGGGAGCAGCCGCUGCUGUACCCGCCCAGCUUUGAUGGCAGGGUGGUGCUGUAUCCUAGCAACCAUAACCUUAGAGACUAUUUAAGCUGGAGACAGGCAGAUUGUCACAUCAACAAUUUGUACAACACUGCAUUCUGGACGUUGGUGCAGAAAGGUGGACUGACCACCACUCAAGCCGAGAACAGGCUUAAUGGAACACAAGCUGCAGAUAAGAAUGAGAUCUUGUUUUCAGAGUUCAAUAUCAAUUACAAUAAUGAACCUGCACUGCACAGAAAAGGCACGACUUUAAUAUGGGAAAAGGUGAAUGAAACAACAACAAAACAUAUCAAGCGACCCAGUGAGGAAGAGACAGAAGUUACCGUGACAUGGACCAAGAAGACAGUUACUACUCAUUCCUGCGAUAUCAUUGGAGACCAGUUCUGGGAAGAACAUCCAGAUAUUCUGGAAAGCGACCAAUGUUAAACACCAGGUUAUAAAGUCUGGACCAUGCCAAAAAUACAUCUACUGAUUCUGGCACUGAUUCUUGAGAUGUGAAACAAAACACCUCCCACAAUUUUACCUGGCAUUCAUUUGGAAAAUAGCACCACUUUUUACUUUGAAAUCAAUCCAAAAUUAUCCCUAGAAUGUGAUUUAUUAAGCCAUACAAAAUUAUUAAUUUCUCUUUCCAAUACCACCCAUCUUCAGACCAACUCAGGACUUUAGAACUUUACAAAAAAUAUACAAAUAUAAACAUGUAUCUUAAAAUAAACAUUACUACUAUGUCCUGACAGAAGAGGUUACUAUUGAUAAUAUACUUCUUUAAUUUACAUCUUCACAGCUGUUUCUCUGUUUAUGAAAACAUUUAUAAAAUCAGGCAUUAUUUAAGUCGGUCCUCUUUUCAUAUUUGACUGUUAUGAAUUCAACAAGGCCACACAGGCUUUUAGUUUUUAUAAUCUUAGGAAACUGUAACUGUAUUUAUUGUGUCGCAACUAUGCUGUCAACUCUCACACAAAAUUGUGAAGAAAUGGUUUGGGACGCUCCCUUAUUUAAACGCGCUGCUUGUGAUUUAUUGGCAGCACCUGUGUUCAGUCUUCCCUUCCUCUUUAUAUUCUCUCAUUUGUCUUGCCUUCCCCAUCAGAUCGUUGUGUUAUGUUCAGUCUCCAGUUCCGGUCGUGUUUGUAUCCUGUCCUGAUAUCCAGUCGGUUUGUUCUCACUCGUGAGAGUUUUGUUUGUAUUUUGUUGGUUUUUCAUUUCAAUAAAACACCUUUCAGUGCCAUUC